AUGUUUGCAUAUUCUUUGGUCAAUUUUCCCUUCGUCAUCUAUGCAAUCUCCUUUUUAAAGGAUCUUCUCGUCAGCAUACUCAAAUCCGGUCCGGUUCCUGGGCAUGUCGCCUUUGUGAUGGAUGGAAACAGAAGGUUUGCCAAGGUACAAGGGGUUGCAUUGAAAGAAGGACACAAGGCUGGUGCUGAAACAUUGGCAUCGGUGAGUCUGAUUUAA